ACGCAACAGAAAUUGAAACUUCGCUUGAUCUUGUUAACUUAAAUCCGGAUGCUUCCUCGUUUCACCACAAAACUCUGUUCGUUUUCUUCGUGAUAUGACUUUAAUUUGAAGUAUUUCUGCGCGCAUCUCUUGUGGAUCGGAGCCGCGCUUAUCCGCUCAUCACGUCUUGUUGCGUCUAUAAAAAGUUUCCGACUGACAACCUGUCAGACAGAGCAUCAGUACCCGGUUGACCCGGUACCACGGUGGUACCGGGUCUUAUGAAAAUUAGGUACCGACAACUUUUUUAUUUUUAGGUACCGACUUGGACCCGAAGUACCGGUACUUUUGACAACACUAAUAAAAUAUAUAAGUGUAAACAUGUUGACGAUAAAUGAAAACGUCAACUAUCUAUUAUUAAAACUGAAGGGGCUCUACCAACAAAACUCGGCUGUAAAAAUGAUUACAUCGAGGUUUAAAUUGACUAGAUUUGCCCAUGAAAACAAAAAACAGUGCGUCUCUCGCCUGUGAUGGCGUCAUGACGCAACUGCGUGCGUGCCCCACGUGCAGAUGUUUACGUCCUCCUCUUCGUGACGUCAGCGGACAGUCUUCGACUAGUCGGAUGAGAAACAUUCGCGAUGUUAAAGAUGCGGAUUAGCGCACAAAACGCGAAACUCGCGGCGGAUGUCACUGCGGCAACGCGGGAGGGAGACGCGCAGCGUUUGUUCGGGUAGAAUCGCGCGGCAGUAAAUGAAUGCGGCCGCUCGUACGACGCUUUGCGGAUUUUUGAAGGAUUUGAGAGACGGACCCCCCUUCAGUCGCCGCACGCGUUUGACGCUUGUAAACAGAGACGCGCACGUGACCGCGCACAAAGGCCUCGCGAGCGAGCGGCAGGUGUAAAUAAGCGAUGCGUGCUUUAACGGACACGUCCAGACACCCGACGAGUUUGAAGGAAAGAAACCCGCGGUUGUUUAACGUUAUUAACGGUCGAUCCGCGCGUCCGAGUGCGUUCAUCCGUGUGCGCUCGUUCAUUUAACUGCGCGCCUUUUGUUUUUGUUCCGUCCCGGGAUCGAGGAGACAUGUCAUUUGCGAUGGAGGACACUCUGGAGUCCGGCUGGGUUUCGGUUCGGCCGAAUGUUUUUGAGGAGAAAGAAAAGCACAAGUUCGUCUUCAUCGUCGCGUGGAACGAGAUCGAGGGAAAGUUCGCGGUCACGUGCCACAACCGAACCGUCCAGAAACGGACCGCCGUGCGGGACUCGCUGCUCGAGACGGCCGAGGGCGACGUGACGGAAGACAAGCAGCGGGCGGGUUCGCCGAGGAGUCCCAGCAGAGACAGGCCUCCUCAGAAGAGCCCGGCCCGAGAGAGGACUGACGUAACGGUAUCCGGUUUGGGAAAAGACGCCAAAUCGAGCCAAAGUCCGAGCAAAGCGGCCGGGACCUCCGAAAGCGGUGACGUGGAGCUGCUGGACGAAUCUCCAGAGGUCCUGGACGAUCUGGACCAGAACCUCCGAGAGGACUCGAGCUGGGCCGGACUCUUCUCGUUCCAGGACAUGCGCGCCGCUCACGUGCAGUUGUGCGCCGUCACCUCGGACCUGGAGCCGUGUCUGCCCGCCUUCCCCGAGGAGCAGGCGGCCGUGUGGUCGGUUCUGUUCGGGGUUCCGAAGAUGAGCGCGCGCGACAUGGAGGCGCUCUGCUUCCAGCUGCAGGUGUAUCUGGGUCACGCGCUGGACACGUGCGGAUGGAGGAUCCUGUCUCAGGUUCUGUUUCCGGACAGCGACGAUUCUGAGGAGUACUACGAGAGUCUGAGUGAACUGAGACGUAAGGGCUUCGAGGACGCGCUUCAGAGGUCCAAAAAACACCUGCACGAGGUAAAACUCGCGCACAAACACUGCAACAGUUUUGUGAUGUGUCAGAUCUCUCUGGAGACGGAGCGUCUGGGUCCGCGGCGCGUGGAUUCUCUGAGGAGAGAGGAUGAGGACUGGCAGAGGAAAGCUCAUGCAGCUGUUCUGUCCAUACAGGAUCUGACCGUCAAAUACUUUGAAACCACGGCACGAUCACAGAAGGUGAUGUACGAGCGCAUGCGUGCUGACCAGAGGAAGUUCGGGAAAGCUGCGUGGGGUGCAGCAGUGGAGCGCAUGGAGAAACUACAGUACGCCGUCUCCAAAGAAACACUGCAACUGAUGCGUGCCAAAGAGAUCUGCUUAGAACAGAGAAAACACAGACUCAGAGAGGAGAUGCAGGGGCUGCAGGGCGGUGAGGAUGCUGUGCUGCAUCUGGAUCAGUUGGAGUCGCUGUACUAUGAGCUUCAGUUGCAGCUCUACGAGAUUCAGUUUGAGAUCCUCAAGUAUGAAGAGCUGCUGUUGACUGCGCAGCUGCAGAGUCUGCGCAGACAGAUGAGCGAGAGACAGGAGGAGGUGGUUUACUACGACACCUACGAGAGCCCGGACGCCAUGAGAGCCACGGACGACCCCGCCACCCCUCUGACGCCUCCCAUUGACGAUGUCACCAAGUUACAGCAGAGGACUCGUCAGCUGGAGGCCAGAAGAGGCCGCAUCACCGCCAAGAAAGCCUACCUCAAAAACAAGAAGGAGAUCUGCGUCAUCAAUCACACUCAGAAACGACAGCAGCGUCAGAGCGGCCCCGAGCCUUUUUCCCAGCAGGCUUUGCAGCAGGAUGAAGAGGAGGCAGAGGAGCAGAGAAUCGCCAGAGUCGGUCAGGACAGGCAGAGAACUCUGGACCGUCUGCGCACAUUUAAACAGCGCUACCCGGGUCAGGUGACCCUCAAGUCCACACGUCUGCGACUGGCAUAUUCCAGGAAGAAAAGCGUCCAACCCGCUGCGAGAGCCGAGCAGCCGCAGACACAGGCCGCCAGCGUGCAGACGGAUGACACCCCCGCUCCUCUCGAGCAUUCCUCAGGAGUACCGGAGCUCUGCAGACCCGACGGUUUCCUCUCUCUGCCUCCGACGGGCAUUGAGCUCCUCCCUCCCGCAGCCGCACACGGGUCACUGCCUCCUGCCAGAGAACUGCUGCUGCUCGACUCAUCCACAUCACCCAUCUCUCCUCCUCCUCCGCCACCACCCCCUCCACCACCUCCUCCGCCGCCCCCCUCUCUGGAAGACUCGCCCGCAGAGGGCCAGGGCCCGGCGGGUAGCCCGGUGCGGCAGCACAAAUCGGAGAGCCCCCUCGCCCCGUUCUCCGCCCGCUUCUUCGACAGCAGUCAGCUGGAGACCGCCCGGAAGAGGCUGAAGAAGACGGCGUCCCUGGAGUCCAACCAGUGGAGGAGAGCCAGUUCUCCCAUGGAUGAGGUUCUGGCCAGUCUGAAGCGCGGCAGCUUUCACCUGCGGAAGGCCGAGCUGCGCAUCCUGGCUCCGGAUCCGGACGAGGAUGAUGGGAAUAAUAUCCUGGCACAGAUCCGCAAGGGCGUGAAGCUGCGUAAAGUCCAAGGACACGAGCGCGGUUCGAAGGGCAGUGAGCCAUCUGACUCCCUGACGCGCAGCAUCCACGAGGCGCUGAGGCGCAUUAAAGAGGCGUCGCCCGAGUCCGACUCCGAUGAGGAGACGCUGCCGUCCAGUGAGUGGGAGAGCUGAACCUCUGCUCAGGAGCGUGUGUGUGACCCAAACACACACACAGCUGAAGAACUACACAACAACCUCCACUCAAUCGCCCCCUCUCUCACUGACUCACUUUGUUAUUUUUACGUAUUACUCAUGAAUUCCAUUAACGUGUGGAGGAGGAUUUGAGCCUUGUUGAAGAUUGUUUUACUGUAGUAAAAGCUGGUAAAUGGUUUGGUAAUAUCUCAAAUGAAAUGAAGCGGUUUAGAACUGUUCUGAUUGUUUCAUUACGACAGGAGAUCAGUUUUCACUUUUGUGCUUUAAUUGUCGUGAAACAAAUCUCAAUGGUGCUGAGAACAGGCUUCAUGUUGUGGAUAAACAUCAUCCCUUUACCUUCUGCUCACCUCCAAUCAUACCGAUGUUUCCUUUUUAUUGUCUUGAUUUUUAAGAAGAAUCUGCUUCUACCUUCUUCAUUUAUGGUCAGCGUCUGAAGUAAGUCAUGUUAUUCGUCAUGUUCAUAAAUCUGUAGAUGCCUGAACUUCUCGUGAGGGCUCCUCUGCAUCUGAUUGGUCGCUCAGUCGGUCAUGUGCUGUUUACACUUGUCGUAUGAAGACUGCAGGCGUGUACAACUGAAGAAAAAAAAAUUCAACCACUUCAAAAACUGAAUCGUGACACAUUGCUUUUCAACACGGCUGUAAUGUCCUGUGUCAGUGGAGGUCCAUUUCAAUCGUAAAGAUUCUGAUCUCAGAUCAGCCUCUUUUACGUGACACAGCGGUUUAUUUUCACAUGUUUGUCCAUCACGUUUCACGUGUACUGUAUUUAGCGUUUUUAUAUUAAUUACUUUAUCGUAUUAACUCUUCUGUAUGUUCUAUGCAUUCUGAUGUGAAUUUUAUUUUAUUUUUUCAUGUUGAAACAACACUACAGUCAUGAGCGAUUAAAACUCAUCACCUGAACACGUGACUGCCAGUCACCAGACACGUGCAAUAUUAAAUUAGAAACUGAAUAGUGAUAUUUUUCACGUGUAUGAUAUUGUAAUAGAAAGCAAAUCCAUCUGCAUGUUUGCCUAAAGGACACAUGUAUUUAUUGAGUUCAACUGAAUAUUUAAAAUUGCAAAGCAAUAUCAGAAAAAUGUAAAAUGACUUUUUUUUAAACUACAAGUUCGCUUUUACUCUGCUUUUCCAGUCACUGUACUCUUAAUAAAUAUUUUCAAUUUGCCUUUUGCCCCUUACAUAAAUAAAGUAUUUAA